UCGUAUUUUGCCCAACAAACAUGGCAGUAAGUGUAUUGAUGCCACGUUUGAGAGGGAGUUCAUUUUGACGCCACGUGUGCACCAAGUAAGAUAUUUAGGUCCAGCACUCACUACUAGUACUUCAGUAAAGACGACUCACCGGACCGACAGACAUGAAAUCACAGUGGAACUCCAUUGAAGAACAAAAACAUUUAAGGGCUUCCCCGUAAUCGAUUUACUUAUUGAUGACUCCGACUUAUGGAUCGAAGGAAAAGCCGUCCAGAAAAAGUGACAGUUGAAAGUGGUGGUAAUGGCAUUUACAGCAGGUAUAUUCACCCUCCCGAGUUUAGGAAUAAGCAUGUGCAGUUAAAUAAUUACUCAAGCUUACUGCUAUUAGCUGAAAUACGGAAAUGGCUGUCUGUUGAUGAGAAGGCCAUAUUUAAGGGCACAGCAAUUGGCCAUCUACUUUCCGUGCCGGAAGAUUCCAAGUUUAGCGGCACCAUUGUACAUUUCUUACUCUCAAGGGAGAUUGACAUGGAUGAUAAACCAGAUGAAAUGCACUUUAAGGUUGGUGGAAAACUAUUGCAUUUUGGCAAGAGAGAAUUUGCUUUGAUUACAGGGCUUAGUUUCAAGAAACCCAAGAAAGCUUUUGUCUACUCCACAGAUCCCUCAUCACUGAUGAGGACCCAUUUCCCCAACCAAAAUCAUGUAAGUGCAUCAAAAGUGAAGGCUCUCCUCUUCAAAAAGAAUUCUACUUGCCCUUCUCUAGACAGGGUUAAAUUUGCACUACUUUUGGUUGUGCACAACUUCCUAAUGAGCUGUCAAGAUGCAGAUCCCAUAAAGAACGAUUAUUGGUAUGUAGUUGACAACUUGGAGGAAUUUAACAAAUACCCUUGGGGAGAAGUAACAUUUGAUAGGAUUAAGAAAUGGAGAUUAAGAACACGAUUACAUUAUCAUGCCAACAAAGAGAUCAGUGGUGCUGGUAGAAAACCUGCUUACAAGGUGGUCGGAAUUCCACAUGCCUUGAUGGUUUGGGCUCUCGAUAUCAUGCCUGGGUUACUUAAUCUGUGUGGACGAAAGAUAGAAAGUAAAGGCUGGCAACCUCAUAUGCUUUGUGUAUUAUGCACGAAAUCUCCUCCAUACCCCCAUAUUAUUGGGGCUCUGGAAGAUAGUGAUGUUCAUGUCCGUUCGGAUAUAAUGUGGCAAAAAGGUGAUGGAAAUCAGUUAAUAAUGCUUGGCUUGGAGGAAGGUACCUACGAGUCAAGUUCUUUUAUGAGGAUAGAGGAAGAAAGACAAGAAUACCAUGGAGAAGAUUACUCUCCAAGGGUCUCUUUCCAUGAGAGGGAAGAUGGCAAUCAAGGUCAUGAAGUCCCAGAAACGGCUCCUGUCUUUCCCUCUAAAAAGAGAAAGAUGAGUACAAAAAAGCCUGUCCCUUAUAAAGGAACUGGGAUUGGUAAUUAUGAACCUGAACAUUUUCUUUCAUCAGAACCUAUCACUAUACCUGCCAUCCCUAUCCUCCACACCAGUGUGAAGCACUCGCAUGACAAAGAUGUACCCAUAGGAAAUAUGUCAUCUUCUUCUGGAGCAGAAACUAGGGGAAUUGAAUCACUUGAAGUGGGUGAGCUCGUUGAGGUAUCUGCGGAUGCUACAAUGAAAACGUCCUCUUCUAAGGGCCUGGCUACUGAUUCUACCUUGUUAAAUAUUUUGGCUUCCAUAGAUGUCUUUCCAUCCCCCCCAGGGUUUGCAAGCACUUCAUCCCAAGAGAUAGUGGAAGGGUUUGAAUAUGUGGACAACUUCAAGAUCCCAGAAGAGCAUGUAAUUUUGUAUAAGAAGAUCUAUGAAAAGCACGGGCACAUGGCGACUAAAAAAGUCAUCAAGUUCAAUGAUGCUAUGUUAAUCACAUGUGUUACCAGUUUAUUGAAGAUUAUCUCGGCAAUGGAAAAUGUGCGAGGUUCUGAAUUUAGUGAAGCACUGCUGGAGAGAUGGGAAGGAUUCAUCCAAGAUGCUGAGGCCUUGGAAUUUAAUAUUAAGUGGCUUCGGGAAGGACUCAAUCGGCUUAGGAACCACUGGAGGUCUUCAUUCGAGAUAGAUAAAGAAGUUGAAAGCCAUUCACAAGUAUUGGAUGCAAUGCAGGUUAAAUAUGUUCACCUCUCGACAAGAGAAGACAAGCUAAAUGCAGAACUUUCAGAGGUAAAAAUUCAGAAAAGGGAAGCUGAGGUGACUAUUUCAUCCGAGCGAGAAGCUAUUCAAGAAAAAGUGACUGAGAAAAACAAAUUUAGGUGUGAACCUGUUCUAGGGUCAGUUCUUAGUUUGAAUACUUAAUGGUUAUGAUGCGAUGAAAAGAGCAGUUUUAUGCGCCAGAGAAAGUUUUGUUAAUCAGUGAUAUAGUCUCAGUCUGUCUUGUAAAUCGGUGGUCUAGGUCUGUAAAAUUUACCCAGACAAACUUGCCGAAUUUGUAAUAUAGUAGCAUUGGUAGUGUGCUAAAGUAAAAAAAAAAGAAAAAAAAAACUUCAACCAACCAUCCUUGACCUGUUGAUUUUUGCAAACUGUGAAAGUUUAGACAGUUUGUCACUGCCGAUGUUGGCUGAAUGCAUUACUGGUGUGCGAAGGCUGAGAUUAGGCAGGCAUGGGGACUGAUAAUAAUAUUCUAUUUGAAAGUUUUAAUUGGUU